AUGCAUUUAAUGCUGCGCCCCUGUGGGGCUGAGCUGGGUGCUGCCGCUACAGCAGGUGGUGCUGCAGGCGGAGAAAGGACAGCAGCUCCACCAGCGCCAGGGAGAGCAGCAGGAGAAGCAGCAAGCGCAGCAGCGCCGGGAACAGCUGCAGCAGCAGCAAGGGGUGGAGCUGCAGCAGCAGGAGCAGCAGGCGGUGGUGCUGGGGACCAGCUUACUUCUGCUUUGCAAAAGUUAACAGAAUUUCGAUCUCGGCACCGCAAGACAGUUGACGGGCGGCUGUGUGCAGCGGCGUUUGUUCAUGAAGGGCAAACUUACACCGACUGUACAGAUGCCCGUUCUCCUGAUGGAACGACAGGCCGCGAAUGGUGUUAUGUGGAGGUGCAGCUCCUAGGGAAGGGCCCGAGAGACUGGGAGUUCUGCGCGCCAGCAUUAAACUACAACGCGCUGAGGGCAUUCGUCAGGAAGGAGUUCGACUCGCUCGUGGCCACCAAUGACGAAAUGAUCGAAAGCCUGGACGUGGAGGAGCAACGACUGCAGGGGAUGUUAUUUCGAUAUCAGGGGGUGUGCGGGGCGGCGCACGCGGCGUUGAAGGAGACCAGUGGACAAGUAGAAAACCGACUUCAGCGAGGAGUGCACUGUUUAGACCGGCUGAAAACUUCUCUAAAAGAAAUUGGAUUAAUUGAAUCUGCAAUUCAAGACGUCAAAAUGGAUAUCGAAAGGGAAGGGGCGGCGUCGCUGAAAGACUCGAAAAACUGCCUCGUUGGGACGGAUUCAUCUUGGCGCCUCACAGCGGACCUUUUACUUUCUACACAGAAACCGAUUGCGGAACUCUUGUGGAGUAGUGGGGCGAAAGAGCCGGAGGUAAUUCCCGGAAAAUAUUUUUUCUCCUCCGACGUUGCGCCGACCCCCAAGUUUUCGGGAUUAAACCCCAAGGUUUUCGACAGCGGUUUUCUGUAUAACGGGGUUCAGCCUUUCAUAGAUAACCGCGACCACUUCCUUGUCGAUGUGCCUUUAAGAUAUAUGGGUCGUCGUUUGUUGCGUUCAUUAUAUCAGCCGAACAUCGACGCGUUUUCUCUGGAGUUGAAUAUUCCUUCGAUUUUAUUUAUUGCUUCUUUUAAGAACGAGCCGCUGCCCCUUGAACCACCUAAAGGCAGCUGGUGGAUAGCGCACGAUACUCACGAAACCCUCACUCUUCUCUCUGGCGUUGAUGCAACGGGGCGAGCCUUGGAGGCUCAUCGCCUUGGCAUUCACUUUAUAUCUGUGCAUACACCCGGAGAAAUUCAAUUCAAGGUCUCACGAACUGCAGUGCCCUUCAUUAUUUUCGUUGAGCCGAGGCGAGGCGAUGCUUUCUCUUGCGAUGGAGAAGAAGAAGUUCUUUCUCUUGCUGGAGGCCCUGUCUUUUCGGAAUGCGAGUCGACUUCUGAACAACCCGAUGGCUUCGACUGUAUGGCUGGGCUAAACGGCAAACAUUUAGAUCGCCGUUUCGGCACCUGGAGAACGAAGGGCGGGG